ACCAAAACAAACCCAAAAACCAACUAAGUUACUCCCUCAAUACACACACUUUAUAAUUCUAAGCAGCCAUGGCUUUGCUAAUAUUGAAUAUUUCUAUGGCUAUGGUGGUAUUGGGUAUCUUUCAGGCUUGCCAUGGCGCGGUUUACAAGGUUGGAGACUCCGCGGGAUGGACCAUCAUUGGUAAUGUGGACUAUAAACUUUGGUCUGCCAUUAAAACCUUCAAAGUUGGUGAUGUCAUCAAAUUCGAAUAUAACCCCCAAUUCCACAACGUGAUGAGAGUGACACACGCAAUGUACAAGACAUGCAACGCCUCACUGCCUAUAGAGAGCUACACCACAGGCAAUGACACCAUCACUAUCACCACUCGUGGCCACCACUUCUUCCUCUGCGGCGUCCCCGGCCACUGCCAGUCCGGCCAGAAGGUCGACAUCAACGUGCCUCGUGUCUCCGCCGCAAACAUUGCUCCAACUCCUUCUGCUUUGGUCUCUCCUUCAACCGACGUCAAGCCGCCUUCGCCAUCUUCCAAUACUAGUGCUUCUAUUGCAGCCAUCAAGAGUCAUGAUCUUGUUUUGCUUGCUUUGCAGGCUGCUGUGCUCUUUGUGCUUUUUGGUUUCUCUGAUAUUCUUGCUUAGUGCAUGGUGAGGAAAAUGUAUUUCCAUCGUUUGUCUUGUUGGGGAUUUUUUAAAGUGGGUUUAAAGGAUUUUUGUUUUUGUUUU